AUGCUCACUGAUAUUGAACUAUGUGUUCAUUGCUGUAAAACAGACAAUCUUAAGUUGUUAGCACGUGAAUUAACAAAAGGACCGAAAUUACAAACGAAAAUUCCAGAUGUAGAAAUAUUUGAUUUUCAUUCUCAAACUUUCAACUUAAUUCAUAUAUGCGCAUCAUAUGGAAGCAUGAAUUGCUUGAAAUUUUUGCUUGAUUCUGGUACAAAUCCAAAUCAGGCAAAUAAUAAAGGCUGGACUGCCCUUCAUUUUGCGUCAAAACAUGGAUAUUACGAUCUAGUAGAGGAAAUAGUUAAACGUGAAGCUGAUGUAAAUCUCGUUACUGAAGAAGGUUAUACCGCAAUUGCAUUAGCAAGCUGGUUUGGCCACAUAGAUAUCGUACAAUUCUUAUAUUUAAGCAAAGCUGAUAUUUCUAUCAUUGAUAAGUACAAUUGCUCUCCUUUACAUCGCGCUUGCCAAUGUUCAAAUAAUGAUAUUGUCAAAUUCCUUUUGGAAGCUGAAGCAAAUCCAUCAAACCCAAAUGAUGAAGGAACUCCGCUUCAAAUUGCAUGCACAACAGGCGAUAUUGAUACACUUAAUGACUUAUUAGAUUAUAAUGCAGAUAUUAAUGGCAUAUUCAAAGGAAAAGCGCCAAUACAUAUAGCUAUACAGAACUAUAGACUUGAUAUUUUAACAAUUUUACUAGAUCGAGGAGCAGAUCCAAAUUUACAAGAUCCUCUCGGAAAUACGCCACUUCAUAUGGCCGCAUGGCUUACUCAAGAUAAAGCAGUACUUCUUUUGUUGGAUAGAGGAGCUCUUGUUGAUUUGAAAAAUAAAUUAUUGGAAACUCCAUUACAUAGAGCUGCAGAGAAUGGAUCAAGUGCUGUAGUUGAAAUCUUAUUGUAUGCAGGAGCAGAUCCUGACGCAGUUGAUAAGAUUAAAAGAACUCCAUACGAUUGGGCGAAAAUUCAGAAACAUGAUAAAGUUAUUGAAGUUUAUGACAAGUUCUUGAAAGAAAGAUUUCCAUCGAGGAACAAGAAGAACAACAAUGUUGGAAUUAGACAAAGUGAUUCUGUUCUUUCCAGUCUCAAUUAUCUUAGUGACUCUUCUUUCUUCAAUAGAACUACAAGUCAAGAUUUCUAA